AUGGCUACCAAUAACAAUGAGAAUAAUGCCUUCCCAGAAUUCACAAGUCCGCCGCAUGCCACAGAGGCCCAACCCCAACCCACUAAUAUAUCUGACUCCGUCUCCUCCUCAACUAGGCAGUCCAUUGACGGGAAUUUGAAGCAGAACCUUGAAAAAAACAACAGCAGUUCUGUUGACAACACCCCACAAGCAUUCACUGGCGAAGAAAUGGACGUUAACCGCAAGUCUUUUGAGACACAGUCACUUGUCGAUGAACAGUUAUCUCGUGAGAUGUCCAGGAGAUUGUACAACACAGAUGAACUCCAGGAAGAGGCCAUGAAGACGGACGAGCCUUUGCCCAAGAUGGGCGGAGGAAAAGACUACCCUCCAAUGCUACCUAAAAGAGACCCAUACGCUGUCGCCUACGAUGGUCCAGAUGACCCUAGUUUCCCACACAAUUGGAGCAUUAAAAAGAAAAUUGCAUGUUGUUUUAAUGUUGGUUUGUGUGCCUUGUCGGUGUCUCUUGGGUCCGCCAUGUUUGCUGAGGGUAAUGCUCAAAUCAUGGAACUUUUCCAUGUCGGCUCGACAGUUGCAACACUCGGCACUUCACUCUUCGUCUUUGGUUUUGCAUCUGGUCCUGUCAUUUGGGGACCAAUGUCUGAAUUGUACGGCAGAAAAAUCGUGCUUAUUCCCUCCAGUUUUGGCUAUGUCUGUUUCUGUAUGAUGGUCGGUGCCGCUAAAGAUAUCCAAACGGUCAUGAUUUGUCGUUUCCUUGCCGGCUUCAUCGGAGCAGCUCCCUUAGUCGUUGCUCCUGCUGUGCUUGCUGAUAUUUUCCCUGCCACUACUAGAGGUCAAGCAAUGUCCAUUUUUGCUAUGGUUUUGUUUGGUGGUCCCAUGUUGGCCCCUAUCAUCGGUGGUUUCGUUGCCAAGAAUCCUAACAUGGGCUGGAGAUGGAAUUCCUACAUCGCCGGCUUGAUUGGAGCUGUCUCACUCAUUAGCAUUGUUUUCUUCUUGGAUGAAAGUCAUUCUGCCAUAAUUUUGGUCAGCAAGGCAGAGACAUUGCGGAGAAGAACUGGAAAUUGGGGUAUCCACGCUCCACAUGAGGAAACUAGUUUGUCCAUCAAGGAGAUUGUCGAGAAGAAUAUUUCCAGACCUUUGGUUAUGUUGUUCAUGGAGCCAAUCUUAUUCUUGAUCACCCUUUACAACGCAUUCAUCUACGGUAUGCUUUACUUGUUCUUGACUGCCGUGCCCUUAAUCUUUGAGGGAAGAUACGGCUUUUCCCAAGGUGUUGCUGAAUUGCCAUAUAUCGCUAUGUUUAUUGGUACCUUCAUCGGAGGUGUGAUCACGAUCUUCAUGGAGAAGGGCUACGGUAAGGCUAUGGCCAAAAACAACGGAGUGCCAGUGCCAGAGGCUAGAUUGCCCCCUAUGAUGGUUGGUUCGUUCUUCUUUGCCAUUGGUUUGUUCUGGCUUGGUUGGACUGGUGAUUACCCAAAUGACGUUCACUGGAUUGUGCCUACCAUUGGUGCUGCUCCUAUCGGUAUUGGUCUUCUUAUGAUAUUUUUGCCUUGCAUGAACUACAUCAUUGAUUGCUAUCUUCUUUAUGCUGCUUCCGCUUUGGCUGGUAACACGUUUUUAAGAUCUGCCUUUGGUGCUGUUUUCCCACUUUUCGCCCGCCAGAUGUUCACAAACAUGACAAUCAAAUGGGCUAGUACUUUGGUUGGAUGCUUGUCUGUGGCGAUGAUUCCCGUGCCAUUCCUCUUCUACCGUUACGGUGUGACGAUUAGAGCAAAGUCCAAGUACGCUUUCGUCCUCUAG